GUAGUGGGAGUGAGUAGUGAAUUCAAUUCGCAGCUUUGGGUCGUCGGAUCUUCUUCGAAUGCGCUUUCGAAACUUUCAGUCCGUCAGCGAACAGUCAACGAGACGGUCGUACAUUGGCGCUUUAAACAGUCGCAUAUAAAAUAAAGUUCGCGUGAGUUUUUUGUUGAUGUUCAGUUACCACGGCAACUUCUUUUUUGUAAAUCGAUACGACGGUUUUUGGUUAUUGUUGUUGUUGUCAAGCCGGCGGCUCCGGUGUUUCGGAAUAAUAAUGUGCAUCAAAUUGUAAUUUAAAAAAAAAAUUCUUGGUUUACUGAGACACUAAAAAAAAGACUGAGAAUCAAACCCUCCUCAAAACUAUAAAACAAUGAUGGAAUUUCGUCAUAUUUCGGUAGUAUUGGCGGUUUUAAUUUGGAGUGCCGCAAGUGCUUUGGAACUGAGGAAUCGUGCCUACGAGAAUUUGGUUAUUAAGAUUGCCGAUAAUGUGCCGGAGGACGAUUGCAAAAAUAUUUUGGCUAAUUUAGAGGGAACUCUUACGAGUGCAUCGCAAUAUCUCUUUUCCGCUUUAGACAGCAGAGCUUACUUACGUUCGGCAACUGUUUUACUUCCCUCGUCAUGGUCGGACUCAUGCGCUUCUUCGUCUGUGUUGGCUUCUUCCGGUGAAGAUUCCGAUAUAACUGUGUUGCCAGCCGAUCCUAUCAGAGGCUCCAUCUACACCCAACAAUCCCUCGGGUGCGGCCAACCCGGUGACCAGAUCUACUUGAGCUAUGAGACUCUACAGCGCAAAGAUGCCACUCUACCACGUUCUUUGAUCAAAGAGUUCUCCAUGUAUCGCUAUGGCGUGUUUGAGGAGCAAGGCUACUUCAACGAUCCAGUUUACCCCAUGUGCUUCUAUGACGAUGACAAAAAGAAAGUGAAAGUCACUGGAUGCUCAGAUCUGCAGAUAACCGAUACAGGAGUGUGCUCUGGAGAAUACUCCUUCCCUUACAAUGUAACUGAGAUGGUCGAUCCUGAUGCCAGGUCCUCCAUAAUGUUUGCUGCGGAAGCCCCAUCUGUUAGCAUGUUCUGCGAUGAAGGAAACCAUGACAGAUACGCUCCUACUAAGCACAACUUGAUAUGUCAAAGGCGUAGCGUCCUGGAUGUGGUCCUGAGACAUCCCGAUUUCCUUGCGAGCAACGACCAAGGCAACUUGAAUAACGAUCAGAUCAUUAAUACAGCCCCAAUGAUCAUUUAUAAGAAACAAAACCUCACACGCUACGUGUUUGUUAUAGAAAACAACAAGGACAUGUUGCAAAGGGAGUCCUGGACCUACCUUAGGCUCGCCAUAAGGUUCUGGGCCAAAUAUGUGGUACCUGACAACACUGAGGUCGGUUUGGUGCUAAAUGCCAGCAACCCCACAAAGAACUUCAAAAUCGUUAGCGUGAAAAAUGGAGUAAUCGAUCGGUUUGGCACUUCUAACAGGGAUAGCUUCUACAGUGCCAUUCCGUACACCCCCAGCGAAUCCACUCUACCGGGAUGCCUGCAUUGCUCGAUAAAAGUAGCCAUGGACAUGUUAAAUGAACGAACCAGAACCCAAGGUCCGGCCAAUAACGUCAUAGUCGUGAUAGCACCGGGGAUGAAACUGACCGAUCAAAUGAAGAAGGUGGUGGAGGAUUUGAAGCUGAAUAAAAUCCGAGUGGCCGCCAUCAAUUUCCCUGAUAUCCUGCAACCGGAUACUUUGAGGUAUUUGGCUGAGGAGACCAAUGGAGUUGACUAUACAGUUUUUGAGAAGAAGCUGAACGUUGAUGUUACUUAUUUGACCACCUACUUUGAACUGCAUAACAUCUUAUAUAAUAUCGUGCAGAAGUUCUACUCUGGAAGCCAAGCGGAUCUACCCAUGGAGAUUCAUCGUCGUGAAAUCACCGAUAAAACCGGCAGACCCUUGGUGAGCGGCACUUUUAUAAUGGAUCCAAGCAUGACGGAACCGGCUCAAUUCACCUUCUUCACUUACGACAACUACCGUCCACUCUUCAAGGGCCUUAAGCUGACCAGCCCGAGCAACCACAUCUACGACAGCAGAACCGACAAAUUCAUCGACUUCAAAAUGAUCACUUUGAACGCCAACUUGUCCGAGAGCGGCACUUGGACCUACAACGUGGAACCUUAUCCAGGAAAUCCGCAGCCUCAUUAUUUACAAGUUAUGGCAACUCCGAACUCGGCCUACGUACCUGUCGUAAGAACUUCUUUUAGGAUGCACAAAUUAAAUGCUGGACUGUACGUUCUAUUGGCCGAAGCCAAGUAUGGUGACUUGCCUAUACUGGGUGCCAAGGUGGAAGUCACUUUGACGAAACUGGGAGUUAAUGACACCACUCCUCAGAAGAGUAUUGUCUAUUUGUUGGAUUCUGGAUCUGGCGAUCCGGAUAUCACUAAGGGAGAUGGGGUUUAUACGAGGUACUUUAGUCCUGAGGAAGCUGGAUUGUAUACGUUUGAAGCCUUAGUGAGCAACAAUGAUAACACUGCUUAUAUUUGGAGUUCUUCUAAGCAUAAUGAAGACAAACCGUGUUGCGGUAGCUCCAUUAAAAUCAACGGUGCCAAGCAGAUCUCCCCCUUCCAACGAGCUCUACCCAAGCAAACCUUGGUGAUCUCCCAAAACGACAUUAAAGAACAACUGGAAAACCCUAUUCAAGUGGGCAGGAUCGGUGAUCUACGUGUCGAAGUCUACACUGACGAUAUGAAGGCGAAACUGACCUGGACUGCACCAGACAUGGGAGGAAACCGAGUGUCCCGAUACGAGAUCAAAUUCGCCUCGAACGUGCAAGACAUCUUGGAUAAGUUCGAAACUGCUGCUGUUCUAUGGGAUACUGGGAUGAGUGGACCCUAUCCGAUGGACCCUGGCUCUGAAACCACUUAUAUCUUGGACAUGAACCAUAAUAAAGAGCUCUUGGAUAAGCCGUUGUAUUUUGCUGUUAAGUCUUAUGGAACAGUUGGCUCAGACCUCUCAGGCCCCAUAUCAAACUUUGUCAGAGUAGUUGUCAGAUCUCCACCUCCACCACCCACUGCUGCCCCAACAUUAUCUCCCAACGAGCAAUCAAUAUGGCCCAACCAUGUUAACCCUGUGGGAGUAGACCCUGUUGGUCCAAGCAUUGCCAAAAGCAUGUCCAUCGGACUGGAGUUAAUCCUUCCAGUAGUCAUCGGCAUCAUCCUUCUACUCGUCCUCUUAAUCGUUUACUGCUACUUCUGCAUCAUCAAGAAAAAAUCUGACGGCACCCAUAAGUCUUCUAAAGCGAACGCUAUUAAGAAGGACAAUCUGAGUUCCACCAUCACCAUCGUCCCUAGCAGCCCUCAGAACAACUCUUCACCCACCCAUAACACUUAUCAGAGUGCCGAAGUUCCCGAUCCACACCAAGUGGGUGUCCCCGUCAGCAAUUACGCUUACGAAGACGAAACUAAGAAACGUUACUCCUUGGUGAACCAGCAAGAGCAACAGCUGAUCGAAGAACUUAAGCAGCAACAGCAGAUGCAACAACAACGCGAUAAUCUUCCUCCCGCUUACUCUGGCUUGAGCGUUAUUUCGACCAACACCAUUGUUCGUAACGGGCAGCCCUUGAGCCCUUACAACUCUUGGAGUGCUUCUCAACUGCUGCACGAGCACGAGCGAAGGUACAGCCCCAUGGAUGGUAAUAUGUUGAGCGACGAGCCUGCCCUGAUGACCCACCAAGAAGUGAUUGCUCAAAUGGAUCACAUGGCUAUUACCAAUCAAGGUAUGGAGCAUGGACACCAGAUUAUGGAACAGUAUCCACCGCCAGUACCACCAUUGCCCGCGUUCAGCAAUAAUGGUUAUCCAGUGAACUACAGCAUCUAUGGGGUGCACCAAGGUCCUCCCCAGCAAGCUCAGAUCUACCAAAGUAUGCCCAGGGAUCAGAGUGUACAAUUCAAUCAGAGUCUACAAGGAUCCAUGAACUCUGUUAACAGUGGCGAGAAGAAGCGCAGGAAUGUUACGAUGGUAUAACAAUACGUUGUUUAUAAGAGUAUGAGUGUGGAUCGGAAUGAGAGUUGUACUACGUUUUUAUAAGGAUGAAUGGUUGUAUAUACUUUGUACAUUUUGUAACUGCUAGUCAGGUGACGUGUGUAUUUUAUGUUGUAUUUUGCGAAAUUGCUUGUUGCAAUAUAAUAGAAUAGCCAAAGGUUAUUUUCACUGUAAAUAUCAAUGUCUCAUGAAAGCUACUUAAGAUGCCAGUACUUAUUAGCGUUAAUAAUAAUUUUAAUAUGCAAUGUUUAAGGUAUCGUUCGGCAUUACUUUAAUUAAUAAUUUUUUUUUUGUUAAAAAGACUGAUCUCAGUUUCCAUAAUUUGUUUUUUAUUUGUUGAGCUGCAGCGGGGUUAAUUUUUUGAUAUUUUAUUGUAAAUAAAAUCAUUUUUAGUUAGUUAGGGAAUAAUACCCGUUUUUUGUACAAACUAUUUUAUAAGAUUUUCGACUACUUUUGAUGCCAGUAAAAUUAUUUGUCGUA